UCGGUGGGCAGGAAGAGAGCCGUCCGGGAUGUUCCGAUCUUUGCCGAGCACACCCGGAAGCCGGACGAGCCGGGAUGUAUAGCAGCGCCGCUUGAGGUUGAGCUUUCAAAACCGGCUUUGUUUGCUGUUUAUUCUGUCGAUCGGGAGGUCGUUUUUUUGGGGGGGGGGGGGGUCCGUGUAACCCUUCUCCGGCUCGGUGACUACCAUGUCAGUUUUAUGUUACAAUAAGGGAUGCGGGCAGCGAUUCGAUCCGGACAACAACCCGGACGAUGUAUGCACCUUCCAUCCAGGAGUUCCAGUGUUCCAUGAUGCACUGAAGGGCUGGUCCUGCUGCAAGAGAAGAACCACCGACUUCUCAGAUUUCCUUAGCAUUGUUGGAUGUACUAAAGGUCCCCACAACAAAGAGAAGCCCCCAGAGCCCGUAAAACCUGAUGUGACGUCAUCAGGAGAAAAGAAAGACGUCGCUGACCAAAGACCGAAGUUUAAUGAGUAUGUCAUUUCUGCACCGAAGCCUCUGGACACCAUAUGCAGACCAAGUGCUGAUGAGCCGAUGGUUAGGAUGCAGCAUAAGGUGUCUGCCUCUCUGAAGCAGGCGCUGGAGAAACUGAAGCUGACUGAAAACACGACGGAGAAGAAAGAGGAGGAUGGCGACGAAAUCAAGAUUGGAACCGCCUGUAAAAAUGGAGGCUGUACUAAAAGUUUCGACGGACCCGCCAGCGACGAGGACACGUGCUCGUACCACGCAGGAUUUCCCAUUUUCCAUGAAGGGAUGAAGUACUGGACGUGCUGUAAGAGGAAAACGUCGGAUUUCGACACCUUCUUGUCUCAAGAGGGCUGCACCAAGGGAACGCACAUAUGGAGGAGAAAAGAUACGGGGAAGAAAGUGGUCCCGUGUCGGUUCGACUGGCAUCAGACGGGUGGGCAGGUCAUCAUUUCCGUCUACGCCAAGAACUCCGUCCCAGAGCUGAGUUAUGUGGACGCCAACAGCACCACGGUCAGCAUCAACAUCGUAUUUGAGGGGGAGAAGCAAUUCGACCAGAAAAUUAGUUUGUGGGGAGUGAUCGACGUGAGCAAAAGCGUGGUGAACAUGAUGGCAGCCAAGAUCGAAAUAGCCAUGAAGAAGUCCGAGGCCAUGUCUUGGGCUCGUCUCGACCUCCCUCCGCCCGUCACUCCCCCCAAGGAGAGCGAGAAAGAGGAGGGCGACAGCGAGGACGAUGACGACGAUGAUUGAUGAGGCGUCAAAAUAAAGGAUUCUGUUUAUAUUUCAAUCUGUUGAUGCUUCAUAUCAGUGUUUGGUCCGUCAGUGUCACAUGAGAUGCCUUCAUGUCUCCAGCCAUCAAGUAAAACUUCUCUGGGUAGUUAAACGUAGGAGGUUUGAACCCCUGACACGUGCACGUUUAUUAUAUUGAUUUUUGUACUGAAUAAAGCGACUUGUCCAAAGACGAUAGACCCCCCCCUAAACUCUUGUUUGAAGCAUAAUAAAAGAAAAGUGGACACCGGUCCCUCUGGACAUGCUGUG